CAAAGUGGAGCGCUGGAAGCCUUCCAUCCUUUCAUUUUGAAAAUUGUUCGUUAACCGACUCAAUAAUAGACCCGCAGAAUUUUGAUACACUGCCAGGAUCUACAAACAUUAUUGCAAAAGGACAGCGAUGGAAAAGCUAUUUUAAUGGUGUACCGUAAAACAGGAUAUUUAACAUCACGCCUUCGAAAUCUCUUGGUUCAAAAAAUAAUUAAAUGCAAACAAGACGAAGCCUUUGAAGAUAUUUCGAUUGGUGAAGUACUUCCUGAGUUCAGAAUUACAACAGAUGAAUUUAAAAGCUGGGCAAAAGAAAUCCACGAAGUUUUUCCUACUGAAUCCAUAGCAACGUAUUACAUCCCUUAUGCAAAAGUACAAGGACAGCGUAUCUGUGCAUCCGGAAAGCUCUGGGAACAUUUCCACUACACCAAAACUUUAUUGCAUAAGAGUGGCCUGUUACGCAAUAAGCGCAAAGAUAAAUACACCAAGCCGGAAGUAAACGUCGAAGAAACAUGCGAAAUUACAGAUGAGGAUAAUGAUAAACUUAGCUGGCUGAAAACUUAUAUUGAACCGUGGGGUAACGUGGUGGAAUAUUGGGACAGAACUUAUCACAUCAGAAGGCGCAAUUUAAUCAAAGAUAAUACAUCCGUUGCGGAUUAUAUAAAAACGUACCGCUGCUUGCGGCAAGAGCUGGGAGCUGAAUUGAUACAUCGUGAUUUUGAAAAACUUUAUCCUGGAAAAAGUGAUUCGCUGCUCAACAGAUGGGAUGCUAUUCGCACACGGCUUUCUGAACUAUUACAGGGUCCCCGCAAACCGAAAGGUUUGGAUAACGAACUGCUGGUUAAUAAACUGAAAACGUUGAGUCCUGGUAAGUAA